AUGGUAGACUCGGCUGCUCAGCAGUCCAGGCCCUCGGUCAAAUGGGACCUGGGCUCGCCAUCGGUUUUUUCGGCCUCCCAGGCGACUACCAGUUCCGGCACCAACUGGACCUGGGCCUCCCCGCACGUUAGAUUCAGCCGCCAACCCGAAAUCCACGUAGGGACCCAUCCGCAGAUCAGCUUCCUGCGGCCGCGGACCGCGCAGCCCCUGGUGCUCUUCAGCUUAAUGAAUUCCAGUGAAGCAGCGGUGAAAAAAUUUUUACCCAAGAGCAACUUAUCCCGGGUGAUUAUUCGUGACAACCUCAGUGCACAACGGAUCUAUGAGAUGGAGAUAAGAGCCUCAGACAGGACCAAGAGAAAGAUGAGCCACUUAUACGACCAUCUGAAGAAAAAGUUCAUGACAGACCAGCUCAGGAAGCUGGGGUGCUGGAGACGGGAAUCCAUGAACAUCCAGCAGUACCUGGAUAGCAUCCGCGUGUACAAGGUCCACUUCAAACUCCAGCGUAACAGGAAAAGCCAGCCACCCUAG